AUGCGCCCGGCUCGCGGCAACCGCCGUUCGGUCUCGUCCGCGCCCGGCCCCUUCCCGCCGCCCCCCGCCACCGCCCGGCUGCAGCCACUCUUCCUCCGGGUGGGCUCCUCGCGCGACCGGAGAGGCUCCGCCGACAGCAGCUCCAGCACCGGCACCAGCCGGGGCGCGGGCGGCGGCAGGCGAGGCGGGGGCGGCGGCUCGCCGAGCAGCAGCACCGGCGCCGAGCGGGACGACGAGGACGAGAGCAUCAGUAUCAGCAAGCCGCUGGUCCCGGCAGCUGCCGCGCUCCCCGGGCCCCCGGCGCCCGCGGGCGCCCCCUCCGCCGCCACGCCCACCUCCUCCUGCAGCAUGACUGCCGCCGACUCCGGCGGGGGCGCUGCGGCCGCGGCCGUCGGGGGCCCUGGGGGGCGCUCGGCCGGGGGUGCGGGCGGCGCGGGGACGGGCCGCGCCACCUCCUGCUGCGUCUGCUGCGGCCGCCCCGCCCGGCCCGGCCGCAGGGGUCGGCGCCGCGGCUGCGCCCCCGGCGCGGGCUGCCGCUGGGGCCACCAGGCGCUGUCCGUGGUGCUGCUCCUGGCGCAGGGCGGCCUGCUAGACCUGUAUCUCAUCGCCGUCACCGACCUGUACUGGUGCUCCUGGAUCGCCACCGACCUGGUGGUUGUGGUGGGCUGGGCCAUCUUCUUCACCAAGAACAGCCGAGGCCGUCGGGGCGGCGCGGCGGGCAGCGCGCACGGCCACCAUCAGCACCACCAUGCGGCCGCCUCCGCAGGGGCCAAGGCGCGUGGGGGCCGCGGCGGCCCGGGGGGCGCCCCGGGGGCAGCCGGACCGGCGGGCGAGUUCGCCUUCGCCUACUUGGCCUGGCUCAUCUACUCCAUCGCCUUCACGCCCAAGGUGGUGCUCAUCCUGGGCACGUCCAUCCUGGACCUCAUCGAGUUGCGCGCGCCCUUCGGCACCACGGGCUUCCGCCUCACCAUGGCGCUGUCAGUGCCCCUGCUCUACAGCCUGGUGCGCGCCAUCAGCGAGGCGGGCGCGCCGCCGAGCUCCGCGGGACCCCUGCUCCUGCAGCCCCAGGAGCACCGCGCCGCUGGCUGCUUUCUGGGCACGUGUCUGGAUCUGCUUGACAGCUUCACUCUGGUGGAGCUGAUGCUGGAAGGCCGCGUGCCGCUCCCCGCUCACCUGCGCUACCUGCUCAUCACCGUCUAUUUCCUGACCCUAGCCUCUCCGGUGCUCUGGCUGUACGAGCUCCACGCCGCGGCAGCGGCCCCGUCUUGGGGCCAGGCCGCGGGGCCCGGCAGCUGCAGCCGCCUCCUGCGCCUGCUGGGCGGCUGCCUGGUGGAUGUGCCGUUGCUGGCGCUGCGCUGCCUCUUGGUGGUGAGCUACCAGCAGCCCCUUUCGGUCUUCAUGCUCAAGAGUCUCUUCUUCCUCGGCUGCCGCGGCCUGGAGGCCCUGGAGGGCUGUUGGGCCCGGGGAAGUCGGGCCUCCCCCAGUCGGGGGAGAGGGAGCUACGGUGCUCCGCCCUCUAACCCGGCGCCCCCGCCCCCACCUCAGGGAGGCUCCCAGCUGGGCCACUGCAUCUCAGAGAAUGAGGGGGGCGCUCAUGGCUAUGUCAACACCCUGGCAGUGGCCUCCCAGAACUGAGGGGCGCAAAGGAGGGAGGCUUGCUCCGCUCUGAAAGACUCCCGGCUCCCCUGUCCUCUGACCUCCUCUCCCAGAUUUGAUCCGGCUCUGUUCUGAAGAGGUAACUGUUAAUAGGGCCGAGGAUCGGCGGGCCCUUCUGCACCCCUCGGAACAAGACUGCUUGAGGGUGUGACCAGCGGCCAGUAGGAGGAGGGCACACACUUGCUCUGGGCUCCCUUCUCCAAGCCCUCCCCUAAUCCUGGUCUCCCAGGGGCUGGGUGCCUCUGCAACUCGCGUUUCCCAGCUCCACCCCGAUUCCUCCCCUUUGUGAGGGAGAAUGGAGGACAGGGGCUGCCCGGGCAGGCGUGCUGGGGGCCUUACCCCCUGCUUGAAAGCGUCAGCUUCUUCUAGGCUGUGCUUAGUGGCUGUCCUCCCAAGCAAGCCUUGAAAUUGACUCAGAAUCCACCGUUUCCUGAUGUGUCCGUUGGAUUUCUUCCAGAUGGCAGGUGCAAAGUCUGUGUCUGUGUGAGUGUGGUGGUGUUUGCUUUAGUCCACCUGGCGACCCCCUGCCAUGGGUAGGAGAUUCGGGAGGGGAGGCUCCCCACCACACACACCACCACCUGCCUCAUGUUACUGAAUCUGUGGCCAUGAAUUCCCAGAAAGGGCUGGGCUCCUGGGAACAGCCAGUUGCUCUACUCCAAGGGAGAGGCUCGCCCAGGACCUUCCUCAGCCUCACUCCUCUCCCCUCCGCUCGUGGGGAGGGGAGGGUCCUACUCCAGGGACCAAACCACACCCUUCCUUGGGUGAGUGAGCAUUUCUACCUCUGUGCUUUCAACUUGUGUUGCCUCACGCACUGAUGCUGCUUGGAAAAAAUGAGGAGAGAAUAUUCAGAAGCUGCAUUCAGUAUGACCACUGGGUCCAGCGGGGGUUGGUGCCAGUGUUAUUACAGGGUCUGUGGAGUAUUAGCCAUUGGCUUGCCUCCCUGCUCCUCCCACCCCCUCCACCCAGAACUCCUAUCUUUCCUGAGCUGGCUGGCCAGUUCUUGGCUCAGAACAACAGCUUUGUUGGGAAUACUGGACACAUGUGAAAUUGGGCCUCCUGUGGGCCCAAGGGAGUAAAUUCAAUCCCCCCAUCUUCCUUCCUUUUGGAAGCUUUGCAUAGAUGAGAAAGGUGGUGGUGGCCUGUGUCCUUUGCUCUGGUUAGGAGAAUCUUAGGGAAAAGGCAGGAUGCAUGGAACAGGGUGGGCAAGUGCUACCCCACCCUCCCUCCUUCCUGGUACUCGUCUUAUUGAGGCUGAUGACAAGGGACCCCAGGGGUUGCCUACUGACAGUGUCGGUGGUCUAUAGACAUACAAGCCCACUUACAGGCAUCACUCUGGGAGUCUCUGAGGCAGGGUAAGUGUUUUUAGGGGAGGCACAGGAGGACAGUUGGCAGCAAGGCCAGGAAAUACUCACUCUCCACCCCGCAAUAGGAUGGGGUGGGGGGGGUUGUUAGAAUUUUUGUUUCCCCUUCUUCCUUCUUAGGGAACUUCUGUGUGCGUGAUGAACCCUGGACAAAGGGUCAGAAGGCAUGGACUGUAGUUUUGACUCUGUCACUCAUGGGCUUUGAGUGGCACAUCACCCUUGUUUUCUGGGCCCCAUUUUUCUGCUUGGGGCCCCUCCCCUCUCUCCCAACUCCUUGACGGCUUGUUCACAAGACAUCCCUGCACACAAAGACACAAGAGGGGCUGAUGGUCAAUUACCUUGACCAGAGUUCUUCAGAGCGUCCCUUACUCUCCCAGUGGGAGCAGUGGAAGGAAGAUGUUUACACCCAAUGUGCUAUGGGUUCCCAGCCCCACACCCUACCAGAUCCAGUUAUCCCCUGGCUGGAUUUUGCAAUGAAUUUUUUUUUUCUGCCUUCCCUCCAUCUCCCUCUGGACUUCUCUUUUUUUCCCUUUGAAUUCCAUGUGCUCAAAGUACUGGGGCACAGGCCCUGGAUGGGCCCCAUGGGUGCUCCGUGUUCCUGUGUCCUCUCUUCAGCUUUGCUGUUUCUCUGCUACCUAAUCUCAGUGACUGCGAAAGGACUUUCUGUCUGAGCCAUGGCCAGCCCUGGCUGGCCCCUGCCCCACCCCUUUCUUCUGUUUGGAUGGUGGUCUCCCUGAUGAGUGACUGACAGUCUCUGAGUGUGGUUGGGUUUCUGGUGGGAGGCCGUGAUAAGUUCCCAUAAACUGUCCGUUCCCUGGGCAUGUCCAGGCGGAUGGCCGGCAGGCUAGUUCUGCAGAGGCUGGGCCCAUUCAGGCUCUGUCUGCCGCCCCACCCCCACCCCCACCCC